AUGACGGCGUCCUCCACAUCUGACUACAAUGUAACGACACACAAAUCUUUUACACAUCUCUUACGCAACGUCACAACUGACCUGUUACGACCGUUUGCUAACCACACACUGGAGUACAAUGUAACUAAAGUGAGCGCAAUAAGAGCCCUCAUUGAACACGCGUCAAAAUACAACCCAAGUACACCUUCCCUGACAUCACUUCACAAUGGAACUACACACUACAAAACAACCACAAAUGACACAACAGUGCACAACAUAACAACGUCUGACUUGCUACUACCAUUUGCUAACAGCACACUUGAGUACAAUGUAAGCCCAGUAACGCCGGACAUCAAAGACACGUCACCGUACAACCUGACUGCACCUUCCACGACAUCAAUCCACAAUGUAACUACACACAAAUCUUUUACACAUCUUCCAAAUGACGCAGCAAUGUACAAUACGACAACUGACAGAUUAUUACCAUCGGCCAACAACACACUUGAGUACAAAGUAACUACAAUAACACCCUUCAUCAAAGACACAUCACCAUACAGCCUCAGUAAGUCCUCCACAUCACUCGACAAAGUAACUACACACAAAGUGAUGAAAAACGACACAACAGAGUACAACAUCACAGCAACCAGCACAACACUCACUGACACAAAAGAGCUCAAUGUGACUCCACUAAGUACAGUAACACCCCUCGUCAAAGACACGCCAGGAAACAGCCUAACGACACCUUCGGCUACAUCCAGUGACAAUGUUUUUACACGCAAAGUAUUUCCAAAUAACACAACAGUGUACAACGUUAGAGCAGCCGGCACAUCAACACCCGCUGACAAUCGCACAACGUACCUCCUUGAAAAUACAAUACGUACGAUAACGCCCCUCAUCAAAGACACGGCACGAAACAGCCUAACGACACCUUCGGCUACAUCCGUUGACAAUAAAAGCACACACAAAACAUUUACACGUCUUGUAAGUGACGCAACUUUAGACAACGUCACGGCGUCGCGCAAUGAAAGUGCGAUAUUACCUCUCAUCAAAGACACGUCACAAAACAAUUUCACUCCAGCGUCCGCUCAAUCAGUCAACAAUGUAACAACACACUACAACACGUUUUCACCCGCGGCCGAUCUCACGAUGCAGAACAAUGAAACUACAGACACCGUCCUCGUAAAAAGCACGCCGACAUUUACGACAACAACUCCCGAUGACGACGUACGCGCCAACCAUUACGCCACCGCCACCGACAGCUACACCGAGCGUGACAUCUCCACAGCUGCACGAAACCCAACGGGGCGCGUAAGCGUCGCCGCGCGUCACAACGCGACCGCUGCCGACAAAAACAAACAUCCCAGUUGGUACAACGCGACGACAUCCGGCGACGUAACACCACCGACAGACCGCACCUCCACUGAACUCGCAAGUGAAGCGCUUGACCAGAUAACAUCCAACAAUCGCGACGACGCGUCCACGGCAUCCGCACGCAAUCAUCCCCAACACCGAGUGGAUUUAAGUACAACAGCUGGAAUCUCCAGCAAACCUUUAGCUCGAGCUUCUACCACCGUGACCGCAACUACAACGGAGGCGCGUCAAAGUCAAGCAAUCGGAAUGACUUCCACGUCGUCUUCGGGCACGAAGACGAAUCUGGAGCAGCAAGCGGACAAACUUGUGGAAGAAACCCGAAGUGCAUCUCAGCUCAACUCCUCACAGGUGGCGCAGCUGGUGGCCGAGCUGGAGAAGCUUCUGGACGCUCCCGGCGUGUCUCAAGCGUUGGCCGAGAAAGUCGUCCGCAUCGUCAGCAACCUGAUGGACGCCGAGCCCCUCGCCCUCGCUGCGUCCGCCGACAGGAUCGUCGGCGCCGUGGAGGACUUGGGCCUCAAGCUGCUCGUAAGCGACGCCUCUGCGGUCCUCUCGUCCCGCUCGCUGGUUCUGGCCGUGCGCAAAGUGGACGGACGCGACUUUCCAGAGAUGUCGGUCGACAUCUUCAACACCGACGAUGUUCAGAUGAACGGGUCCAGGAAGUCCGAGUCCACCGUGGCUUCCGUGUACCUGCCGUCCUCCAUCACGGAGACCUUGAGCGGGGAUGAGCACAAGCAGGUCGACAGGGUCCAGUUCACCUUCUACAGCAAACCCGUCCUCUUCCAGGUGCUUCCGGACAACACGUUGAACAUUCAGACGGUGGUGAGUCCGGUGCUGGCGUGCAGCGUCAGCAACGUGUCCGUCAGCAACCUGAGCGACAACAUUCAGUUCACCAUCGGAAACCGCCGACCCGCACAGAGUGACUACGAGGCUGUUUGCGCCUUUUGGGACGUCGCCAGGAACGACGGCUCAGGUGGCUGGAGCUCGGCCGGCUGCUUCGCGGUGAGCGCCACGUCUUGGGCCACGACGUGCGCCUGCAACCAUCUCACCGCCUUCGCGAUACUGCUGGAUCUGUCCAGAGGCGGGAUAAAUGACCCGCGCCAGGCCCAAAUUCUCACCUUCAUCACUUACAUCGGCUGCGGCGUUUCGGCAAUUUUUCUGGCUGCCACCUUGUUGACGUACCUUUCAUUUGCGAAGUUGCUGCGUGACGUUCCGGCCAAGAUCCUGGUGCAGCUGUGCUCGUCCCUGCUGCUCCUCGACCUGGCGUACCUGCUGGACGGCUGGCUGGCGCAGUACCCGGCCCGCGGGCUUUGCAUCGGCGCCGCCUUCUUCCUGCACUACUUCCUGCUCACCUCCUUCACGUGGGCGGGGCUGGAGGCCCUGCACAUGUACCUGAGCAUCGUGCGGGUCUUUACGCCGUACCUCAGCAGAUACAUGCUCAAGUUCUCGCUCAUUGGCUGGGGGGUUCCGGUCGUGGUCGUGGUCGCGGUGAUCUCGGCGGACAAAGACAAUUACGGUCUGGUCACGUAUGGACGCGACCCGGAUGCCGCCUCAGGUGACUUCUGCUGGGUGCGCAGCGACGCGGCCUUCUACGGCGGCGUGGUGGCCUACUUCCUGCUGAUCUUCGCCUCGUGCCUGCUGGUCUUCGGCGUGGUUAUGGCGCAGCUGCGGCGCAUCAAGCGCCAGAACCCGCACAACCAGUCGCCGCAUCGGGGCGCGGCGGCCGACCUGUGCAGCGUGGCCGGCCUGCUGGCGCUGCUCGGCCUGGCUUGGGGCUUCGCGCUGUUUGCCUGGGGGCCGCUCCACUUGCCCUUUGUCUACCUCUUCACCGUUUUGAACUCUCUGCAAGGUUUCUUUGUCUUUGUGUUCCACUGCGCCUGCAAGGAAAACGUCCGCAGGCAGUGGAGAACCUUCCUGUGCUGCGGGCGUCUGCGAUUGGCUGAAAACUCAGAAUGGAGUCGGACGGCCGCUCGGGAGAAGAGGAAGUUGUCGGUGACCGCGUCGGUCGCGUCGGCUCGCCAGCUGGCCUCUCGGAGCUCCUCCGUGGGCAGCGGCAGCACCGCCAGUGGCGGUUCGGUGUUCGCAGACAGCGGCCUGUCCGAGGGCUCGAGCGGCGACGUGGUCCUCAACGAGCUCUACAGACAGACGGUCACCUUUUGAGGCCACGCGCUUUUCACUUCACUACUCGGGAUUGUGUACAUUUACAUGUCACUAGUUGUUAUUCUCCUACCCCAAAGCCCAAAUUAGACGAGUUUUCCUGUUGCCACAAAGUUUGUCGUCCUGUUUUUAGGCAGCAAAAAUGUGUAAAUUGAGGCAUCAUGCAAUUCUAAGGAGAUGCACAUAUAAAACAUUCAUAUUUACAUUGAUGUGGUUUAGUUUAUCGUCUGUUUAUUAUUAAAUAUCAAUUAUUAGUUAGCGAAAGACAGACCCUGUCAAUGACGGAGGAAGUAUGUCACCGUCUCAUUGUUAUUAUUAUUAUUAAUUAAGAAAUGUAUUGAUUUACAGAAAUUAUUGCUAAAUAAUAUCAAAAUGUUUUCUUGUAAUAUGUUUUAUUAUUGGUAAUAACGUGUUUUAUUACGUGGUAAUAAUAAUAAUACAUUAUUUUAAAAUAUUUGUUAUUAUAGUACACAUUGUUAUUUUUCAUAAUGAUGGUAAUAGUUUAAUGUUAAUGCAUAUUCAUUAAACAAACAUCGGCCGUCGCACCGGAAUAGUUUGGCGGACCGGAAUAAUUGCGGGUCCUCUUCUCCGCAGUUCUAUAUAUUUCCACUAGAUGGCAGUGUAAGACUUUUUUGGGUUGCAGUCUAAGUGGUUGAAUAAGUGAGUUAAAAAAAAAAAAAGGAACUAAAGAGCAUCAUCAGCAUUGUGUCACUGAGCACUGAAGACAUGCUUCCUUCCAUUCAGCCCUCAACCCAUAAAGCAUUUGUGUCACAUUUUUCAUUUAGCGGACGUUAAAGUUCAUAGUGAAAAUAUGGAAUCAGCGUUUCAUCCGGGUCACACGAAAGUUCAUUUCCCGCCUCGGGGAAGUGUCACUACGGCGGCCAGCUUUCACUCUGCUGCGACUUUCUCAUCCGGCCAGAUAUAAUCAAAAUUAAAAACAGAAGAUAUUUGAUCAAGAACGCAGUGGCAGUUGCCAUGGUGACAAUAAAAACAGUCAUUAAUCCAACCUGUGUGUCAUGGCUUCUUAAAAGGUUAAUUUGCGCACGUCCUUUUUUGGGCCUCUCGUUAUUAAUGCUGACAACACGUAAAGCGAGAAUUGUAUUACUCUUACUCUCAGACGUAUUUAUACUUUGUACUUACAC